CCAGACGUCGCCACAAUGAUCACAGUGCAUCCUUCAAAUCCACCGUGCAGCGGAAAUGGACCAGUCGAUUUAAACGGAUUGUUGAAAAUGAGGCGGUUCAGCUGGACGGAGAGAUCCUGCAUGCGCUGUGAAGCGAGUGUGUUCUGUGGCGUAUCGGCACCUGGACAAGCACAAGAUCGAGCCGGUGCUCUACAUGAUGGAGUGGUUCAUGUGCAGUUGCAGGUAUCGGCACAGGACGUGGAACGUGAGCAACGCACGCAGCUGAAGCGCUGGAAGAAGAAGCGCGGCGAGCCUGGCCCCAAACUCCCUCAGAGAAUGCACAGUGCUCGCACCAUCAUGGCCACCGAGCCUCAUACACACCAAGACCUCCGCCAGAAACCCACCAUUAUGGUCCAGUACCCAUCGGUCCCUGAGGAGAAGUCCGAGCCGAACCUCAGGAAGAAGAGAGGGAGCCUGAAGAAAAACCAAGCCCUCAUUCCGAACCCCUACGCGCUACCUGGCGAGUCUAAACCUAGUCAGAUAUUGGACAUACAGCUUCUGAACCAGAAAAAUCUAAAUCUUGUACUUCCAAAUACACCAUCACAUCCACCACGGCUCCCUACAAUGCAGGAAAAUCAGGUCAAAGAGACGAGCACUUCUACAGAGCGACUCGUGCAGUGUCCUCGAAUUCCCCCAUCGAUAAGAAACUGGCGGAAUCUAUCCCUCUGCAACAUCUAUCCCUCCUUACUGCUCCUGUACACGGAUCACCUUCAGCGUAGCGUCCUCACCUGCUGAAACGUCCUCCUGUCCAAUCCAGAGAACCUGACCAUGAUGAGCUCCCUAAUAAUACAGAAAACUCAGCCACCAUUUUGGAUCCAUCUACAGACUCAAGCCCUCUGCUUACGCACAACGCACCUGCCACCCACGACUCUCCUGCUGCUCCCGAGUACAAAAACAACACACUGCGCAACUCCAGACAGAGCAUUAACAGCUCAGAGGACACGUACUUGUAACUCGCUCACUGUCGCCACCUGGUGGUUAGUAGGAACAGGAAGCGGAGAAAUAUUUACAUUAUUUUUACAUUCAUUUGAGUUAGAGCAGGGGUUUGGUUUUUGCAUAACCCAUGUUGGUUCUUAACCUGUGACAAUUUAUGCAUUUAAUCACUCUUAAACAAAUGAUUUGUCUUCAGAUCAAAUUUACACAGUUCACCCCAGAGGCAGCCAAGAUGUGUUUUGUUUCUGGUUUUUGUUUCUUUAGUUUUUCACUUGAAAGUCAGACACCAAACAUGCCUUGACUAUAAUGGGGGGUGUAUGUUGCAAAUUUGCAAACUUGUAUCUCAUUAUUCCCUACAGGAAGAAACUCCGAGAGGUCAAUUAAGGGUCAGUGGAGAGUCUGAAAAAUACUGUAUCCUCAGCACCUCACACGCUGCCAUCUUAGUGUCACUGUGGUUCUGAGAACGCUCCACCACCCUAAUGAACCCUAAUGGUCUAAUCAGUUUUCCUUCCCAUUAAUGGAUGGUGUAGAGAACGGCUAACGAAUUGUGCCUAGCAUCAGACGAGUUACAGUCACUAGUGUACUUCAGUAACGUAGAUUUACACUCUGCCUCGCCUUAUGGGACCAAACAAAAUACAUUACUAGAACUUUGAAAUGCGUGUCCCUAAAUCCGAUGGGAAGUGGAGAGUCACGCUACUGUAGGACCAACUCUUAACUCUCAAAUCCAGAGCAGAGUGUGAAGUUCUGAGGUUUUUACAUCUGAGGCUUCUCAUCUGUGGCUCUACCUCUGAGGUUCUAUGUCCGGGUCUCUGCAUCUGAGGCUGUAUAUCCGAAGCUGUACAUCUGUGGCUGUACAUCUGAGGAUCUCCCUCUGAGGCUGUUUGUCUAGGACUGUACAUCUGUGGCUCUGCGUCUGAGGAUCUACGUUUGCGGCUGUGCACGUCUGAGGUGUGGGGGCGGUCCGUCUGACUCUCUGCGUUCAAGGCUUUACAUUUGAGGCCCUUCCUUUGAGUCUGCUGUCUGUGUUUCUGUUACUCUCUCAAAUGGCUCAUGUGAGGUCAUUUUAACCAUUUUAUGUUUGUACAUUAACGGGAUUGGUUAGAACCGCACAGUGGGCGUGUGCGAAUGUUCAGUUUUCAUAUCGCUAAUGUAUAUGGUACAUUAUAUCGAACAGCGCAAAACUUUAAAAAAUCUAUUUAGUAGAUUGACGUGACAUUGUGGACUUUUUCCUUAACUUUACAAAUGGGACAAUUACUUAGAAGUUCAGCUUGAAAAACAAAUAAAAAAAUGCUGCCUAGGUAGUAGGCGAUUAUAAUAAUAUUUUCUCGUUAUUUGAAUGAAUUUAGCCAAUUUUAAUUCGGUAUGGUGUCGUUAGGGAGCAAUUAAAACUAAUCACAACUGUGAAUUUCAUAAUAAGUGAUGUUUGUUUCAUAAUUUUGAGCCAGUCAGAUCGUGGUUUUGUUUUUUAAAAUUAAUUGACUAUACACUGUUUUUAUUUCAGCUAUUUUAUACCAGUGGAUUUUUUUUUUUUUUACGUGCCUGGAUUUUGUUUAAUUUCAUUUUGGAAGUGCCAAAAGUCUUAAAUCAUAGUUUAAUAAUCAGAUAUGUGAACAUGGCAGUAGUGCUAGACCAAGUAUUGCUACAUUCAGUUCAUUCCAACUUAUUUUUAUUCCAAGUUAGGUAAUAAUUUUAUCUCACACACGUGAUCUUUUUGCUGUAAUCUUCCACCGAUGCUGUGGAGACCGCCUCUUUCUGAACUGAAAGCAGGAGUAUUGAUGAUUAUUAUUUUUUUAUUGUGCGUGUUAAAUUCAAUUAAAUUUUAUUUGUAUAGCG